GGGAGGCCCAGCCCAGAAAGCAGUGGGGUUUGGGAAAAAGCAGGAAAAGGGUGCAACUGUAGAGGGCUAUCAGCAAAAACAAAAUAUUUUGUCAAGCAAAGUGUGACUUUGAAUGCUUGCUACCUCUCUGCAAGACUUUUACAAACAUUUUAAAUGUUCCUCUCUAGUGAAUGUCAGCAUCGAAUUGCACUAGGACAUUACAGUAGGUGACUUCGUUUGUGACCUUACCGGGCUUAAAAAGAUGACCCCUCAACAAAGCACUGGCCCCUACCCCAAAGUAAACCGCAAUGAGUCAAGUAUUCAAGAGAAGGUGAAGGGAUGGCGUCCCAGUCCCAUCACCAAGAGCACGGCUGAUCCAAAGCCUAACGUCCCAGAGUGCAGAGUUUGUGAUGGAGGAGCACAUGCAGCUCAGCACUGGACUGUAGACCCAAGAGAGACACUUUUCAGUGACACACUCAUCAUCACUAAAUCAAAGCACAUCACCAAAUCCAAGAAAGUGGAAUAUCCCAGCAAUCUAACCAUGAAGGUUGUUCUCAUAAAUAUUGGAACUAGUGCAAUGGGCAGACCCACUGACUACCGGCUCUGGGUUGUCUCAGGGAGAGAGGAAGCCUCAUGCCCUCUUAUUGGUCAUGAGCAUCCCUUCAGUAUUAUCCUAAACUCCUUGAGGGAAACAGACUGCCAAGUCUCAGCAGUCACCAACAACAUCCUGACUGUAGAUGGGAGCCUCUACCUUGAGCACCUUCUCAAAGAUGCUUCCGGCCCAAACUUCAUCCUCAGGCUAAAGGCUGAUGUGGGAGGACUUGGCCGAGCAGUGGAGUCUUACCAGCUGGUCGACUCGUCUGAUUAUUGGGACUGAGAGAAGCAAGAAGGACUUCACUCUCCUAACAGGGAACCUUUUUCCUGCCAUUGGAGAAACUGGUCUUGAAAGAGAUUUUGGGGCUUCUGAAUGAGGUAGACUCCUUGAAAAAGCAACAUGUGACUGAGGACAGUGCUUAUAGCUGUGGGAAUCUAGACUUAAUGUCUUCCCUCUCCAGUAGGUCUAUCUGCUCCCUGAUGGGGACACAACGUUUUUGCUCAGCCCGCUGCUCCUCACAGCCCAUUGUGUGUCUAAGCUCCCCCCGGUUGGGGUCCCACAGCCAGCUCUACACUCUUGUCGCCCGCCAGUCCAGCUGCGAUGCAGCAGUGAUGUGUGGCCGUGCAGACCACUCCCAACACACACACACAAAUCCCACACUUAAGGGGCUACUAAAGUGGGACAGCAGCCCCAGGGUAGGUGGCAGCAAGUCUAGGUAUGCCUUCUGGAGGUCCCCUCAUGUAGCCUCAAGGUUCUGGCACCUUGCCCAGAGGCUGGCCGUGUCCAACAGGUCCAGUUUCUCCAGCCUGUCCUCCACAGGCACCUCUCCAUCUACCUCCUCUCUGAGCUGCAAAGACAGCGCCUUCUCCUUCUGCACCGACUCUGUGUCCUCUCCCAACGAGCCCAACUCCCUCCCCUUCCUGUUCGGCAUGUCGGCACGGUUAUGCCCUCUCACUCCAGACACCACAAAGAAAUUCCCAAAAGAUUGGAGUAUGACAUUCCCAGUGGCAGUUGCUCAGGCACCCAAGGAUUUGGACGGGUAUAAUUGGUCUGAUGAGAGAAAGGGAGACUAGAAGCAUUGCCAUUCUAUUAGCAUUCAGAAUAGAGAAGACCAUCAGAUGCUCACCCAAAGCCUCUGUAGUUUAAAAGGUGAGUAUAUUCAAAGCCCUGUCUCUCAACCAGACAGUGAAAGGAUUCUCUCUGAUUGGAGAGGGGAGCAGGUGCACCAGAGCCAGAAGGAUAAAGUGUUCAAGUUGUCAGAGUCAAAAGGACAGACCAAAGAAACAUCCAUUGCACACAUACAGCUGAGAAAUAAAAAAAACUGUCUGUCAAGAAGGAAGAGGUAAAAGGGGACGAAAAUUACAUUUUACACCUCCUCUAACAGAAUGCUGGUGAAAAAACAGUCUGAUCAAUCUGUGGAACAGUGUGGAGUCUCUCUGGUAUCUGACACAGGGAGAGAACAUCAGGAAAAUGGGGAACUGCUGGCCCAAAGUGUGCAGCUCCACAUACCCCAGACAGUGUCCUAUGGUCAAAACACUCCACUGGUCCUGCAGUCUGUCAACCAGACAAUUUUCAAAUAACAAGAAAGGAUCAAAGGCCAAAACAGAUAUUCACCUUGGUGAAGUGGUCCCUGAACAGUUGGGUGGUGGGUGCACUCCUCUCUCCCAAACAUCAUCUAAAACUCAUGCCAAAACUGCAAGCACAAUCAGCCACAAGACUGCAAGCACAAUCAGCCACAAGACUGCAAGCACAAUCAGCCACAAGACGGCAAGCACAAUCAGCCAAAAGACUGCAAGUACAAUCAGCCACAAGACUGCAAGCACAAUCAGCCACAAAACCGCAUGUGCAAUCAGCCACACUAUUAGAAUAAAACUGCAAGCAACUGUCAAAAAUACUGUGAGAGAAUACUUCAACUCAAGUGACAGCAAGAAUGGCCACUUAGAUGCAAAACAGAACGAAAAAGAGCUCCUCCAGUGGCAAAAUAAAAUGUUGGAACCAACAGAAAAUGCCACAAUGCGAUCACAUGGUGAGGAGUUGUCUGAUUGUUAAUGCUCAUCAUUUGGUGUUUUGUAAUGGGCUGUCAGAAUGUAGAUCAUCCUGGGUUAUUUCACCCUCCUCUUUGUGUGAAUUUUUUGCUAAAUGAUAAAUUUAGUCAAUGAAGGAUCCCACUGGGCACAGACAUCAGUUCAAAGUCUAAUUUUGAUUAACUUUAAGUUGAGUUGUCAUCUAAGGUGAAUUCAACAUGAAAUCAAGAAAACAUUUCACCAUGUCAUUGGAUUUAGGUUCAAAAGCAAUAGGGUGAAAAAAUUACGAAAUUAUCUUAUAUUGAUGACUUUUUGCAAAUCCAAUCGGUUUUUACACAUGGAUUCAACAUCAUCACAUUUCAUUUUUUGGUUGAAAUUAUGUGGAAACAACAUUGAUUCAACCAGUUUUUGCCCAGUUGGAUGGUGCAGAUUGAAUGCAGGCACUCAAACCACUCAGACAGAGCACUUCCUCCAACGGAGUAGGGAUUCAUAACCUUAAUCAUUUUCUAUACAGAAGCAUGAAUAAGGACCAGACAUCUUGACAUCACUGUGAUGUAUGUGUUUCCUAAUGGGGCUGUGAUAAUCUGUCGGUGAAAAAGUAAAAACAACCAAAUUUGAGGCAAAUUAGGUAUAAGAUGCACAACUUGUAUAUGGGCAAACACACACAUUUAUUUAAGUUUUCAUGGCCUGGAUUCUGUUUGGCAAACAAACAAAAAAUAUACAGAAUAAUUGUAACAAUAUAAAUACCUGAGAUGGAAUAUUAUCCAAACUGAGUUCCAAAUAAUGUAAAGUGAUUGUAUGGUGUGCAACACAUAUUCCUGCUGUAUAGUUAACAUCUGGUUAAUAAGUAAUCACCUACUUCUCACUUUUAUUGCUAAAGAAAAAUGUCCAACGUAAAUCACAUUGCAUAUAGUGAGUUAAAAUGUUUGUUUUGUUUUUGCACAGUUCAGUGCUAUUUUGCAUUUGCAAAAUGAAGCCUCAUGUAUAGAUCUCAUUUAGACGCAUUGAUAUAACGGUCUUAAACACAUAAUAACAUAUACUGUACCACUUUUACCACAUCAUUGUUUGUUUUUAUGUAUGUUUUAUCCUAGAACUGUAACUUUGAACAAUAAUCAUAUGUAGCGUUAACCUUGAUAUCAACGUGUGUGUGUGUGUGUGUGUGUGUGUGUGUGUGUGUGUGUGUGUGUGUGUGUGUGUGUGUGUGCGUGCGUGCGUGCGUGCGUGUGUGUGUGUGUGUGUGUGUGAGUGGUGGGGGGGGGGGGGGAUUUGCACCUCUUCACCCCUGUACGAGCUUAUGUUGAUGGUACCACUGAUAAUAAAUCAAGUUAGCCCUAAACAUCUCUGAAUCUCUGAGUAUGUUUUCCCAUGCCUUCUCAGUCCCCGGGUCCUAGGCAUAAUGUUUCCUUUUAUUUCUUUAUUGAGUUUAUUUACUGAGUUUAUUUGAGCAAGGACAAUGUACAUCAGAAGCAUUAGUCUCAGUACACUUGAGAAAAUAUGUGUUGUAUCAGAUUUAGCUAGCUGCUCAUUUCCGUCUGCAGUUCCAGGGCAGGUUAAAAUCACAACAAGAAAACAUUAUGAAGCCAGCAGGAUGGAUGCCUUGUUACAGAGCUACAAACAAUGAUUUGUAACACUUAACUUACUAUUUCUAAUUACAGAAAUGACUUCUAAAGGCAUGCUACUUUAGGCAAUGGCCCGCUGCUGGCAGUAUUUUCUUUUAAUGCUAUGUACCGUUAACAUGUAAUUGCUACAACUGAUUCUACAACCGAACCUACUUCAAGCUAGUUGAUUGAUAGGGCAAAGGGUAGUGAUAUGUUCCUGAGUGAUAUGUUCCUGGGGAUGUUUGAUUAUUAUUAGACUUCGUACAAUAGGUGAGAGGGGCAGCAAGUUGCAUGAAGGAUCACUGGCUGCCUUUAGAUCCCACAGCGUCCCUCAACUUUUGGGGCACUUGGACAGUCAUACCAUCCAUCCACUUCUGCACUGUCACAUGGCAACCAAGAUGGGACCUGUCAAUCAGAAGCAGAUUAAAAGGCUCAGACAUAUAGUUUCAGAAGCAGAUUAGGCUCAGACAGAUAGUUUCAGAGCAUUUACAUAGACAACAUCAGAUUUGUUUUAAACUGAAUUACUGAAUUUACUGCAACCUGUUGCUUCUACGUCAGUUCAGCAGUCAGGCCCUGUCUGGAGUAAAUCAAGAAAAUGUGUGUGUGCUUGUUUUGCUUGAGCCUUGAUCAUGUGUGUAAAUCAUAACAUUUCGACAAGCAAACACAUGUAAAUUGUUUAUGUAACCUAGUACCAUCAUGAAAUGCAAGAGAAAGGCCAUAGUGUAUUAUUCCAGCCCAGGUACAAUUGAGAUUUUAGCCAGUGAUGGUAUAGGUGUAUGUGCAAAGCUUUUUUUGGUACCAUCAUCUUUGAAAUGCAAGAGAAAGACCAUAAUGUAUUAUUCCAGCCCAGGUACAAUUGAGAUUUUAGCCACUAGAUGGUAUAGGUGUAUGUGCAAAGCUUUAAACUGAUCCAAUGAACCAUUUCAUUUCUGAUUAAAAUGUUGUAUCAAGAGUG